GUGGCCGCCAUCUUGCGUACGGCGGUGCACCUUGCCCAGAUGCUGAGGGCUUGGGGUUUAGUUCCUCUCUGCUUUGGGGCGGUGUUUGCGCGUUGCUUUUACCUUUUCAGAUGUUCGUGUCUUUCUAGACGAGGAUUUUAUUGGGAGGUAAAAGUCAAUGCAGAGCUGUAGUGUAAGAUGCCUUAUGGUGAAAUUGAAGCAAAAUCCUUGGAUCAUGGGGAAGAACUAACAAGUGAACCAUGCUAUAAAAAAUUGAAGUCAGCUGAAGAGGCUUAUGUUUUUUCCCACCAUGGUAGUGCUGAUUUUCACAGAAUCCAAGAGAAAACUGGGAAUGAUUGGGUUCCUGUGACCGUUGUUGAUGUCAGAGGACAUAGUUAUCCUCAGGAGGACAAAAUCAAAGCUACAGACUCGCCAAAACCUGUGCGUGAUGAGGUGCCUGGUAAUAAUAGACCAGAUGUUAUCGAAUCCACUGAUGCACAGAUUUUACAGGAUACAGGUCCUCCGUUGGUAUCCACAGAUGAUGAGAUAUAUAGCACAAGUAAAGCAUUUAUAGGACCCAUUUACAAACCGCCUGAGAAGAGGAAAUGUAAUGAAGGGAGGAAUCAGUCAGGCACUAUCAGUGGUAUAGCUGACAAAGGACAAGACACGAAACAGAAAUUUAACUCCAAAGAAUCAGAGCUUGACAAUGAAUUAUUCCAGUUUUACAAAGAAAUUGAAGAGCUUGAAAAUGAAAAAGAUGAUUUGGAAGGAAGUUGUAAAGAACCUGAACCCUCUGAGGAACAAGUUACUGCCUGUCAUCAGGGCCAUAAUAAUGAUCUGUUAAAAUCUGAAGAAGGAAAGAAAAGAGAUAUUAGUACUGUUCUUCAGUCACAUUGUGGUUAUCCACAGCACAUGGGAAACGAGCCAGGCAAAUAUCCUUGUAAUGGACAAGUAAUACCUGCAUUUUGUGAUGAUUCGUUUACUUCCUUCAGGCCUGAGUGGCAGUCAGUACAUUCUUUUAUAGUACCCCCCGGUCCACCUCUUCCCAGUUUUAACUAUCAUUUAAAUAUUCAAAGAUUCGAUACUCCACCAAAUCCACCAUCAAAUAUUUUCCAUGCCCAAGAUGGUUCUCAGUUUCAAAAUGGGUAUUAUGUAAAUGGUUGUCACGUUAACUGGAACUGUUUGACUUUUGAUCAGAACAAUGACUAUAUUGAUUGCAGUGAGAACACCAGUAGAGAUCAUUCCUCUACAAAUGGCUACGGUGUGCAAGAUGGAUAUGUGAGUAAUGGUUUCUAUGAAACCAGUGAAGGAUGUUGGAAAGAUACUUCUAUGGACAACCAUCAUGGAACACACAGGCUUAUGAACCAGCAGUUUCAAGAGGAAAAGUUAAAUAAAUUGCAGAAACUACUUAUUCUUUUAAGAGGGUUGCCUGGUUCUGGGAAAACAACGUUGUCUCGAAUUCUGCUUGGUCAGAGUCGUGAUGGCAUUGUGUUCAGCACUGAUGACUAUUUUCACCAUCAAGAUGGGUACAGGUAUAAUGUUAAUCAACUUGGUGAUGCCCAUGACUGGAACCAGAACAGAGCAAAACAAGCUAUCAAUCAAGGGAGAUCUCCAGUUAUAAUAGACAACACUAAUACACAAGCUUGGGAAAUGAAACCAUAUGUGGAAAUGGCCAUAGGAAAAGGAUACAGAGUAGAGUUUCAUGAACCUGAAACUUGGUGGAAAUUUGAUCCUGAAGAAUUAGAAAAGAGGAAUAAACAUGGUGUAUCUCGAAAGAAGAUUGCUCAGAUGUUGGAUCGUUACGAAUACGAAAUGUCCAUCUCUAUUGUAAUGAAUUCAGUGGAACCGCCGCACAAAAGCACACAAAGACCUCCUCCUUCACAGGGGAGACAGAGAGAAAGCGAUUUGAAGAAAACUGGGCCCAGGUUCAGCAAAAACAAGCAGAAGAGAAGCAGAAAAAGAAGUAAAAAGCAGAACAGUCAUGGUAAAAUCAUGGGAGAAAACUCAUUUGAAACCUUAAGUUAUACACCAGGAGACCAGGACCCCUCUCAGAGUGCAGAGGAAGACUUGGAAGACACCAACAGAGAAUCGGUGUGCACCUUCACUGGUGGACUGGGACAUGAACUAAGAGGUUUAGUAAAUAGCCACCAAGAUGAAAUAUGGAGAAGCAUACAUCCUGAAGAUGGUUUUCCAAAUGUUAUGUCUGCAGUUGAGCUGGACAAUACACCAGAAAAUUACCUCCCUAAAGAACACGAUGAUUUGUUUCCAAAUAUGUCACUGAUGCCACAUGAAAACGCUGUUACUUGCCCGACAAUGACUCAGAGUCUUUCCUGCAUGGCAAGUGAUGACUGGUCUGGCACGAAUGUAGGAAAGCACACUGGAAGUAGGCAUCCCACAGCGUCAGACGUCCAGGGUGGAUCUGCGUCCAUCCCAUGCUCAUUGAUGCAGAAGAGAGAGAGGGUAGAUAAAAGACUCCUGAAUGAAACAUUUCCGUGCAAUCGAUAUGGAUCCAGAACUUCAGAUAAAAGUUUAAGAAAGGAACAAGGAGUAAAUUCAGCUAAAAACGAUUAUUGGGCUUUUUCUUCAAACAAUUUUUCUGAUGAAGAAUUACAGCUGAGCUCUGAGAGGCAACCCUAUUUUGGGAGCUGGCCUGAAGGACCUCAUAAGUUUAUAUGUGAACAAAGACCAAAGAGAGAGAGAUGGCAAAGGCUGGCCUCUCCGGACAGCAGGGGGCAAUUGAUUAAGUUGAUCUCCACUCCUGAAGGAACUUCAGGACCAGGAAGCAGUCCAGAAACCCUGGUAGAGGAGAAGCUGUUGAUAGAAAAUGAAGAUUUGUCACCUCCCACUGAGAAUAUAGAUUCAAUCAUAGAAACAGAAACAAAUGUCUUUAGAAGCUGCUUGCCUAACCUGCAUAUCCCAAAGAGUGACUUAUGCUCAACAAAGAAUAAGAAAAGGAGGGAGAAAAGGAGGGAGAAAAGGAUUUUCAAUUUGGCACCAAACUUUAACUUACUGGGACAGAGAUAUAUCAGUGUGGAAGAAAGAGGGGAAUGUGGCGUGAUAACAGAAAGCCAUGGACUAAAAAUUAUUUUGGAAGAAGAAAAAGAUAGAAUCUCAGAAAUAAACAAUAUAGAGGAGAAUAAGCAAAAACUUAUGACCUUUGAUCAUCAUCCAUCAUGGUUUUGCUUUGCUGUUUUCGAAGAUCCUCCUUUAAAUUUUGGUAGACAGUCUUAUUCUCAUUACCUGCCAUUUAGUAGACUAAGGCACUCUGUGUACUUUUAUAAAAACCCUAUUCCUUCUCUUGUGCUACAGUAUACCUUCAGCUUUUGGAUGGUAUCUUUUACGAGCAAGAAACCAUCUUUGACUUUCAAAUCUCAGACAAGGGUAGAUGACCAACUACAUGACCUAGGGUUUAGUUCUUCAGAAAUUUUAAGUAGCCAAUCUGAUACUUUGUACUCUUUUAGGCUCACUUCUGAUCUUCACUUUUUAAAUGAAAGUUUUGAUGAAAAGCUGAAGACAUGGGAAGAACCUAAGCCAUUACAGUUCUUACAAACUGAAGAUAACCAAGAUUUGACGAGCACUGGCUUUGAUUCCCUUGAACUACAAUUAUCACAAGGGUUUGCCUUUCAACUGGUAAAGCUUUUUGGAUCCCCUGGAGUUCCAAUGGAAUCUUUGUUGCCUGAUGACUGUGUGGUUUCCCUUGACUGGAAGACACUGAAGAUGAUCUAUUUGCAGUGGAAAAUAUCAGUAGAGAAAAGACAGAAGAAGAUUGGUUAAAAAUGAGAAUUUCUGGAACCUUGAAUUCUCCAGUCCUCCUCGUGCUGUUGAAGACCCUAAUCGUCAAGAAAGAGUGCCCAGUGCCCGCCCAAAGGAUCAUUUUCAACAAUACACUCAUUGGAUACCAAAAUUGGUUUGGAUAAUCUGUCCAACCAUUCUUGAUUAGUUAUCUGAAUAAUAAAAAACUCAACAAAAGAGGGAGGAAGAAUAUACAGUGCGAUAUGUGUUUAUAAUUACUUGGUGGAAAGGCUGCCCAGCUAUACAGGAGAUUCUCCACCAUCGUAGUCCUGGAGCCAUUGGGAAAGUAGAAGAACACGCUGCUGAAUUGGACCAAGAUAAUAUUGCAGGAUCUCUAUGGCAUCAUGUGUAUGACUUGGGGAGAAGGCUGUCUGGUUUUAUCAAGGCUCCUGACCACCAUACAGAAAGCUAGAGCUGAUGCAUUGUCCUGAUCACUGCUGAAGCUGAUGGAAUGACAAUUGCAACACGACUUUCCCAGGGCUCUGAUUUUCAGCACGGAUGAUUUUUUCUUCAGGGAAGACGGUGCCUAUGAGUUCAAUCCUGACUUCCUGGAGGAAGCACAUGAAUGGAACCAGAAAAGAG